AUGAACGAACAAAGUUCCAAGAAAAUUCUUUUUAAUAAAUCAACAUUACUUAGUUUGAAAGCAGAAUUGCUCAAAAAAAAAGAAGAAGUAGAAGAGAAAAAACAUUUACCUCAACAUAAUAUACAAAACUUUAAACCACCACAGCAGUCUGUGGAUAAGAAGAAUAAGAAUGAACACAGAGCAAAAAAAAGCUUAAGAGAUAGUUUAAAUCUUAUUGAUACUGAGGAAUUUGAAGCGUGCCGAAAAUCUAAAUUAGCUUUAGAAAAGAAAGCUGCAUUGUAUGAGCAUUUAUCUGAUGGGGUAGGUAAUUCACAACUAGCUGGCCGUUUUCUUGUAGACUUUAAGGAAAAAAAGUCAGAAACAACUACUAAUAGUGAAACUAUACCUGAAUAUAUAGAUUCAAAGGGAACUGCACCAUUUGAGGAAGAUGAGAGUGACUGGGUUGAGUUUACAGACUUCCUUGGCAGAACCCGUAAAUGUCUUAAAUCUGAUUUGGAGCUAUAUAAAAAAAGGGAUGAAGAACUCAUGAAAGUUAUAACUAAUGAAAGUAGAGGUCAAGAGUCUGUUAAUACUGAAUGCCCAAAAACUGAGUCACAGAAACCACUUUUGGUUCAAAAAACUAAUGACUACCUACAGUCGUUACGUGAAAAAUGGGAAGAAAAAGAAAGAGAACUAUUAGCGAAGGACAAAGAUGUACAUUAUCAAGAUUUACUAUUCGAUGAGGCAAGAAUUCAUGGCGUUGGGUACUAUUCAUUCAGUACCGAUGAAAAUGAACGUAAAAAGCAAAUGGAAGAGCUUAUAAAGAGACGACAGGAGACGCUGCAAGCGCAGCAGCAGGCUGAGGAGAUUAGGAAGAAGAGGGACGAGUUGGUAGCGGCCAGGGUUGCCGCGGCGCGCGCCCGCCAGCGCGCCAGGGCCGGCCUGCCGCCUGAGGACCCUGAAGAAAAGAAAAAAGAUUUUACUACAUGCCUUUUAGAAUUCUUAAAUCAACAGAAAAAUGAAGCUGACAAGAAAGCAAAAGAAGAAGAGCAAAGACAGAAAGAGGAAAAAGAAAAAGAGAGACAAAAACUACGUGACGCUUACAUUCGUGAUUGGGACGUUGGUAAAGAUGGUGUUCAAGACAAAGUGAAAAAGUUCAAAGAAAUGACUCAAGAAGAAUACGUGGAACAGCAGAGAGCUAAAAGAAUAGAUGAAUUUGCUCCACCAAAAACAAAUGAGAGUGAUAGAUCUAAAUUUAACUUUGAUUUACGAGGCAAUAAAAUAGAAUUAAAUAAGGAAAAUCAAAAUAAAACAUGGUCAGAUGUAAGACGCCCUAAAACUCCCCCGCCUCCAACUAUAGGAGAUUUAAGUGAUGAUACGCAAAAAGGUUUAUAUUUCACAACUAAAAAGACGGAAAAAGUUGUUAAAUAUAAAAAUUUUGUUAAGUCCCAAGAAGCAACUCCAAUAGCUAAUGAAUUGAGUGACGAAGAGGAGAGUAUAAGAUGUGUGCCAGAAAAAAGAAAAUUUAAUGUAGAACAUGCAGAAAUAGCGCCACCACCGACUUACGAUUACUAUGGGCCAACCCCCAAACAUACAAGAUUAGAAAAACCAUUUAGUUCAAAUAUGAGAGAAGCAAUGGCUCAAGGUUCUAAAAGUUUGGAAACUAAAGAAAGUAAUAGGAAACUGCCACAACAUUAUGAUUUCACUUUUGAU